UUAAAAAGCAUAGCAGCCUCGAGCAGUCAAGAUCAAAUGUGAGGAAAGCCUUUACAGACAAUAAUGAAUCUGCAAGCUAUCAUGUAACGGAUUAACCCUGCAGAGCACGUUUUGGUGGAAAAUUUGGAUGGCGGAAAGAUUUCGGAGUGAAGAGCGAGAUCAAUACAUAAUCUACAGACCAUGAACUAUGUGGGUCAGUUGGCGGGUCAGGUGUUUGUGCAGGUCAAGGAGCUUUACAGGGGACUCAACCCUGCAACCCUGUCAGGAUGUAUAGAUGUCAUCGUGGUCCGGCAGCCCGAUGGCACCCUGAAGUGCUCCCCCUUCCACGUCCGCUUCGGCAAGAUGGGUGUGCUGCGGUCCAGUGAGAAACUGGUUGACAUUGAAAUUAACGGAGAGCCGGUGAAUUUGCACAUGAAGCUGGGAGAGAAUGGAGAGGCCUUCUUUGUCAAAGAAACUGAAAACACGAUGGAAAUAGUCCCGUCCUACCUUGCGACCUCACCCAUCGUGUCGACUGGUGCAGAGUUAAUGGAGUCCCAGCUGGGGAGGGGCACUUUCCGUCACCAUGACACCAUCCCCUGCGAUUCACUUCCUGUCCAGAGCCUGGGACUGCUGCAAAGUGAUGGGGGGAUGAUAAAGAAGAGGAGGAAGAGGAGGAGGAAGGCACGACCAGAGGCAGGUGGAGGAGGAGGAGGAGGGAGGAGAGAGGAGAGUGAUGAAGAGUUCUCGGAGGACCAGGACAUGUUUACUAUUGACCUGAGCUCUGACGAGGAGAGAGAGGGUGACAGCAGACCUGUGUACGGUGAUCAGGGGUCUAUAGCCAACACGCUCACACACCUCAGCACUGACUGGAUCCGUUCACAGAGUCAUGGGAUCAAGACGGUGGAGACGCUCUCCAUCCCUUCAGCCUGUGGUCUGUCCAUCUCUUGUCCUCAGCAGACUUCUCACUUCCCCCCCCACGUUAGCGGCCUCGACGAUUCUAGGUCAUCAACACCGAAGAGCGACUCAGAGCUAAGCAAUCAGAAAAACCCUGAGAUUUUGUGGACCUGGGGGGAGCUGCCACAAGCUGCCCAGCCGGCCUUCCUGACUGACCACCAGAAGCAGCACCCUCCCCCAGUGGUCUCCAUCCUGGUGUCUUCCAGCACUCAUUUUAGAACCAUCCUUGACACGGGACCCCCCUCCCUCAAUCUCUACGCUCCCCAGCCAGGGGAGUCUGCUGCUCACAGUGAGGACAAGGACACCGAAGAAAGCAAAAGUGGAGCCAGGGCCGGACUAACUAUGACGACUGUGGACAGGCCUGGAGUUGGAGAGGUGGAAAAUGUUGGGCAGUCUUGUGCGGAGAUUGAGGGUUUAUCAGCCAGCUCAGUGUCUCCCAGGAUUCUCAUUGAUCAUCUUGAAGAAGGUGGGGCUGGAGAAAGUCCCAUCAGAUCAACUGAUUCACCAUCCAAGAGGAAAGAAAAAAGAAGCCAACACCUUGGCGCUGAUGGCAUUUACCUGGAUGACAUCACAGAGCUGCAGCCUGAAGUAGCUGCUCUCUAUUUCCCUAAAAGUGACGGUGGCAGCAGCUCCAUGAGAGGCGACUCUGAGUUGAUGAUGAUGGGAGUACGGAGCGCAAAUCAGUCCCCCCACUCAGAGGGCAGCAGUGGGAUGGACAGCGGUGGGAUGGACAGCGGUGUUGACAGUUUGCCCGACCACAUAGGGGACCUGCCUCAUGUUUCCAUCUCUUUGUGUGGAGGACUCACUGACAACAGAGAGAUCACAAGAGAUCAGUUCCAGGAGAGAGCCAUUUCCUACAAGCAGUUUUCAGAAAACCCUUCUCUUAUCGAUGACCCCAACCUGGUUGUCAAGAUAGGAAACAAGUACUACAACUGGAACACAGCAGCUCCUGUCAUGCUGGCCAUGCAGGUUUAUCAGAAACCACUGCCCCAGGCCUCAGUGGAGAACAUCAUGAAGGAGAAGAUGCCAAAGAAAGGAGGACGCUGGUGGUUCUCAUGGAGGAGCCGGAACAGCGACUCCAAAUCAGAAUCAGUGACGGAUGGGGGGGGAGACAGUGGAGAGAGCUCACUCACCAUGCCCUCAAUGAACAGCACAAAGGAUGAGUCAUCCUCUAGUGAUGAGGACAACAGAUCGUCCAAUCAGGCAUCAGGAUCCUGCCACCCGGAGCCCUUCAUGAGUCCUGGCAGCGUCUUUUACAAGAAGACUCUUCGGCUCAACUCAGAGCAGCUGGCUAGCCUGCAGCUGAAAGAGGGAGCCAAUGAAGUGGUGUUCAGUGUGACCACUCAGUAUCAGGGCACAUGUCGCUGCCAUGGCACAAUCUAUCUGUGGAGCUGGGAUGACAAGAUAGUUAUCUCCGAUAUAGAUGGAACCAUCACCAGGUCAGACACGCUGGGUCACAUCCUCCCUACUCUGGGUAAAGACUGGACCCACCAGGGUAUCGCUCGGUUCUACCACAAAGUCAGCCAGAAUGGAUAUAAAUUCAUGUUCUGCUCGGCGAGGGCCAUUGGUAUGGCUGACAUGACGCGAGGCUACCUGCACUGGGUCAAUGAGAGGGGAACCAUGCUGCCUAUGGGCCCGGUGCUGCUCAGCCCCAGCAGCCUUUUCUCUGCUUUGCACAGGGAGGUGAUUGAGAAGAAACCAGAGAAGUUUAAGAUUGAGUGUCUCUCAGACAUAAAGCAACUGUUCUACCCCAACACUGAGCCUUUCUACGCUGCUUUUGGAAACAGAGCUACGGAUGUGUAUUCCUAUAAGGAGGUGGGCGUUCCUCUGAACAGGAUUUUCACUGUCAAUCCCAAGGGGGAGCUGAUACAGGAGCAUGCCAAAACCAAUAUCUCCUCCUAUGUGCGUCUGUGCGAGAUGGUCGAUCAUGACUUUCCGCUCCUAGCUCCAAAUGAGGGAGCAGACCUUCCCCGCUCCGACACCUUCGACCAGUGCUACUGGAACAAAGAACUUCCUGAAGGCACUGACAAGCAAGAUGAAGAGCCACAGCCCCUUGAGGCAAGCUGAGGAACCCCCUUCACGCUGUGGUCAGUGGUUUCAGGGUUCAUUGUGUAGCUCAUGUCCACAGGAAAUGAAGCACUUAUCCAAGAGCUGUUCCUGAUGAAUGAAUCAGGCUUCAUGGCUUCUUCAAGGAUCAAAGACUUAGAAGAUAGGUAACUACUGAUUCAAGUAACUUAUUGUGAUUUCUAUAUCCAACAUAAACAAUCCACCUUGCCAUCAUUCAACAGUGACAACACAAGAAAACCUAAGGGUUUUCAAUAACAUAAAGAAAAUCCUCGAUGAAUUUCAGUAGCUGCUAGGGGGUAUUUAACUGAUUAUUUUCCCGGAUAAGUGCACAACACAGACUCACGUAUUAAAAAUAUGAAGGUGCACUGACUCAUAGACACACACGCAAGCAGCACACAAAAGUAAAUCAUGUAAAUGCAUUCCAUUGCACUACAUUGCAGAGCACAAGUACAUUGUGCUUACCUUUGGCUGGUUCCCAUUCUCUACUUCAUCCCAUACUACUCUUAAUUCACACUGGAGGUUAAAACAAGCUGCCACAAUACUAUGGGUGACAAUGAUGAUAGUUAUUGUUAUCUUUCACCAAAUGGCUUGUAUAUUCUGGUAUCAAUAUCGAGUCAUCCCUACUUUUAUCCCCUGAAAUAUUAAGUCAUAAGAAUGGCGCUUUGUUAAUUAAAUAGGCAACUACAGAAAUGUUGCUGUAACCAAACAGAGAUUUUAAACAAGAAGCCUCCAAAAGUGUUAACAAAAUAUAAAUGACAUAUACAAUUCAGCCUGUUGGUGCAUUACUCAUUUUAAUCUUUUAAUGAACAGUGGCUUUUUUUACCCAUCAUGCAAUAUAUUUACCAAAUAGUAAACAGACACCUGGUUGCAGUUUUACCUGGUCUAGUAUAGUGACUGUAGUUAUCUUUUCUGACCUCAACUACAAAAGAUACAGGACACUUGACUUCAGAAAUACCACAAUACAUUACAGUGAAAACAUCCAGUACAUGCAAAAACAGCACAGAAAGUGUAUCCAGUAUUCCCUUCUGUGCCGAACACCUUUGCAGGUCCAGAUAAAUGUGUGUGUAGACCGUGCUACUGUGAAAAAUGUUCUAACUUCAAUACUCAAGAUCAAUGCAGGUCAAUGCAAAAAUACCUGUGUGUGUUCUUUAUGUCUGUUUUUAUAUACAAGUUAACACAGGUGAUAUACUAGAAUGUAGUCUAUACAUAACUCAGAGUGUAUGUUAUUAUAAUAACUAAUGCUCAUCAAUGCAAUGACUACUGAUUUUAAGUUUUGUGAAGUUGUUAAUGCACAGAACAGCAUACUUGUUAUGUGGAGCACUUAUCUGUAAAGGAGAACAGCAUAGUGAAAUAGGUUGAGGUUUGACUCGACACAUUUAUUUCAGUCAUUUUUACAUUUUCUUUUCAUUUGUAAUCAUGUGUUUAUGUUGCCAUCCGUUGAUCAAAUAACACUUAUUGUAUUGGAUUUAUUCAAAAUGGAAGCGUUUAUUUUUACCACAUGUCUAACUUAAAAUGGGGGAAACCACUGUAACUCAUGAAUAACAUUAUUUUAUGUGAACAUAUGAAGUGAAUAUUUAAGCUCUGCUAAACUUUUGAGAGCUGAUAUAUUGUCUAAUAUACUUUGUUACUGGUUCUCAUUUAGUACUUACAGCUAUUGUAUGUUUUAUUAUGAAUCUGUUUUGAAACCAGCCACCUCUCGUUGCACUGAGAGGGGGCAGUUUCAUCAUGUGACCACUUCAGCAAGAGAACAACAUGCAGUAUUUUAGGAAAGACAAUAGACGACUUUCUUGUCUCCUUUCGGGUGUCAUGUCAGCUGGUAAUCAUGUGUUAUUUGUCAAUUCAUCUAAUGCAUCAUGGGUAUCAAGGGGGAUAUUAACAUGACAGCCAAACCUGUACUUUGUGCAGCAUAAUGAAGAUACUUUCAACCCCCAAAAAGUAUCUGUUUGUAUUAAAACGUAAAUAUUAGGUAGUUAAAAGCAGCUCUGAAUGCCUUACAUCUUCUUGUAAGGAGAGAAAAUGCUACAACUCUCCAGAUUUAAAGCAAUUCACCAGAUUUCAAUAACAAUUUAAUAAUUUAUAUUGUAGUCAAAUAGUAAUGUGUCCUUUAUUGAAAAAAAGAAAUGAAAUCAAAAUGACAGAAGACUGAACUAGGAUUGAUUGUCUGUUAUACUGCUGUAUAAUCUUGGUGCAUAGGAUAGAUAUGUCUAAUGCUGUGCUGUGAUCGACAAAAAGAGAAACUAAUGACCUUUAAUCUAAAAUGUUUGAAUGUUCAAAGGCCUUUUGGGAAUCCAGUGUAAGUUGUACCAGAGAAAAAACACAGAGGACGCAUGCUGUUGUGAUUCAAAGAUGUGAAUUUAUGUGGAUGUUAUGAUGAUUGUCACCAGAUUUCUGUAGGGAAGUAUAUGCCCUGUUAUUGUUAUAAGUAUGUCAAACAUGCACAGACACGAUAACUUGUGAUUAUUUAAGCCAAACAAACACUCUGAUCCGUGUGAGGUCAUUUCAUUUGAUAAUCGUAAAAUCUUUCUGCCUUGUAGUCCUUUAAUUCAAGCAGAGAGAUAUACUUACUGUACAAUUUCAUAUGGAAAUAAGAAGUAAGAAUUUAUUUUUCUUCUUAAUGAACACAAUGCUCUUCCCAUUUUUUUAAGUAAAUCAUUUGUUUUGAUGAUUUUCACCUGAUUCUUUCUGUGAAAGAUCGUAUGAACUCUUGACCAGAUAUCUGUCUCUGUGUUGACAUGGAUGUCGAUCCGGUUUGCUUUCCCGUGUAAAGAUUAUGUUCAGGGCACCGUGAAGCAGCGUGCAAGCUACUGUCGACAACAUAGUUUGAAUAAAUCUGUACAGUGGACACAUUUUUCAAUAAACUCAAAGGUGAUUGCUA